CCGCUUCUCGGAAAGAAACCUUAUGUGGGCGGGGACGGGCGUGAAACGCUGCGCCGCCGUCUCCGCGUGAUGACGGCGGCAACGGUGACUCCGACACGGCCCUGUCACAAUCCUCCUCCUCCUCCUCCCCAUCUCGGCAACACCCCCCUCUCGCGCCUCUUCACACCCGUCGGCCCUUAAAGGAGACGUGUUAUUGUUUCUGCCAAGGAUACGUGGGAAGGAGGAGGAGGAGGAGGAGUCUGAGGGGCGGGGAGGCCGCGCGCUUCCCCCCUCCGCGGUCCCCUCCUCCGACAGGCGCGGAGCUUCCGCUUGAAGUAUGCGCGUGAAAGGGGCGCGCGGUGGCCGCCGUGGUGCUACCGCCGCCGCCGCUGCUGACGGCUCCGACCAUGCAAUGGCGGUCGCUGGUCCUGGCGCUGGUGGCGCUGAAGCUGGCCGGGCACGCGCUCUUGUGGCUGGCGGGGCCCAGCCUGGGCUUCUACCACCAGCGCCUGCGGGGCCUCUCCUGCAGCCCGCCGGAGGGAGGCGGCGGCGGCGGCGGCAGCAGUGGCGGAGCCGGAGCCUCCCCGCUCUCGGACGCGCGCUGCUUCGACGCCGGCUUGGUCGCCCCGCACUGGGCCUCCUUCUUGGGCAAGGCCUGGGGAGCCGGUAGCGGCGCCGCCUCCUCGUCGCCCCCCAGGAGGGUCGUCGGUGUUGGCGGCGGCGACGAGUACGAGCAGCGCUACAGCCGCGCCUUCCCUCCGCAGCUCCGCGCGCAGCUCCGCGACGCCGCCCGCGGCAUGUUCGCCUUCGGCUACGACAACUACAUGGCGCACGCUUUCCCCCAGGACGAGCUGAACCCCAUCGAGUGCAGCGGGAGGGGGCCCGACCGAGCCGACCCGUGAGUAGCCUUCGCGAGGGAGACUCUUUUUUUCCGGGGCUCGGCACCCCGCCCUCCUCUGCCCCCCGCGACGCCCGUCCCACGGUCUGGGUGGGGUGCGCGCUCUGCUCGUGCUCAGGGGCCCUCCUGCUUGCUUCGAGGGGAUGAGAGAGAGAGAGAAAAGAGAAUUUGGAGAUCGGGCAGGGAGAGGGAAUUGGACGUGGUCUACCUGGGCUGUUGGCAAAAGAAUGGAGUUAAGAGGGGAAAAGAGGACUUGAGAGUUUUCGGUGGGUGGGUGUGAAAACCUUGUCCCAUCUGUUUCAGCGGGUGAACUUGAACUCGACGAGAAAGUAAGAGUGGAGCAACUUAGGGACUUAAAGCAGGGAGACUUUGAAUCACCUUUCAAAGAGUAUUUUCUUUUUUGGGGGUGGUGGUGGAGGGAACAGGUUAUGGGAUAUGCUGCCAUAGGCCCUUGGGAGCAAGUUGAAAGGGAGACCAUUUGAAGCUGAUAGCAACUACCACCUCUGUGGUUUAGGCAUCAUACAGUAUAGGUAUUAGUAUGUGUUCGCAUUUCUUGCCCAGUGCCGGAUUUAUGUAUAAGCUAAACAAGCUAUAGCUUAGGGCCCCACUCUCUUGGGGGCCACCAAAAAAUUUAAAGGAAAAAUAAUAUGGAUGUACAUUUCCAAAAUACAGUAUAAGAUCAAAAAAAUAAAAAAAUAAAACCUACAUACAGCAACAGAGUUAUGUGUUGUGUAGACUCCUAUGAUGCAAGUAAUGGGUCUUGACAAAGGAUAGCUGGACAUAUAAAGGGCCACAUUAACUUCAGUAGCUUAGGGCCUCAUCAAACCUAAAUCCUGCUCUGUUCUUGCCCCAGCUGUCUUGUAUCGAUGUGGAGCUAUGACUGUAACUACUGUGAGUGUAAGAACCCUAGGUUGGUCUGGGAACCCCAAGGUAGGGAUGUAUUGAUGCUAACUCCAGUUGCAGUGCUAAAGGGAAAACCAACAACAACAGUGUUGAAUGGUCCCUGCACGUAGAAAUGGGUGGGGAGCAGAGUUUAAGGUGAAAACAUGGAGCUUGUUUUUGAGAUGGGAAGGUUCAGAUUUAGGAGAAGUGAAACUGGCAGUAAAGUUACGGCUGCGGAUAGGAAAAGCAGUCUUUCAGAAACAAUAAAACUGAACAGUCACAAGAGCUAUGUAGUGACUGCAUAUGUGUACUCUUUCCAAAGUGCAAAGGUGACAGUUGGAGUGUGACAGCUAUUGGUUUCCUCUAGUUUCUUUUAUCAGAUCUUAUUCUUACAGAAGUGUCAGACCCAACUAUGUUGCACCCAGUGAUGCCAUCUUACAUGUUGUUUGCAGUCUUAAAAAUCGCAGAGUGCUUCAAAAAUUGCAUGAGCAUUGCUUCAUUCCUCCUGGGAGGGAGACGCAGUCGACAGUGGGGUUUCCCUUGGUUGCAAAGACUAACUUUGCUGCUAAAGCUUUGGUUGCUACUAAUAGAUUCCUGGUGCCUCUCGGUUUCCUGCAGCUAUACAUUGUCCUUCCUGUAUAGGUCUCUUUCUGUUGUCUAAUGGCUACAGGUUAAGUAAGAUACAUGCAGUAGCAGUUUACUGAUUUGUGCAGUUCAGUGAUGUGGAUUGUUUAACUAACACAACUUCACAUGUUUGCUAGUAAAUCUACAUGCCAUAUUCUUUAUGCUUUCCUGCAAGCUUAUUUAUAAGUGAGCCUUGAAAUGACACUUUGUAAAUAAGAUCACAAAAGCUUUUAGUCAACACAGACACACCUAAGGACAUAAAGAAACACCUUCUUGAUCGGAUCAAAGUCCUUUAAUCCUGCAUCCAGGUCCUCUCCUGCUCAUGAUUUCCCAGCAACUGGUAUUUGCCUUUGAUUCUAGUAUGUAGCCAUCAUCACUAGUAACCGAUUAUUGCCUUAUCCUCCAUGAAUUUGUCUAAUCCCCUUUUAAAGCCACCCAAGUUCCUGACUCUGUUACUGAAUCUGCUGUGUGUAUAAAGUGGUACAUUUGUCUGUCCUGAGUGUCACUGGAUGGGUUCUAGGAUUGUUUAUGGAGGUGUAAUUCUUGUGGCACCUUCUUCUCCCUAUCCUCUUUCAACACACCGCAUAAUUUUGUGCAUUUUAUUGUGUCUUCCUCCCCCAUCUAUUUUUCUAAUUUGAAGAGCCCCAAAAGUUGUAGGGGAAUUGCUUUAACCCCUAGUCACUGUGGUUGCCUUUUUCCGCACCUUUUCUAAUUACACAUUUUUUUUAAAAAAAGUGUGAAUCAGAAUUGUAUAUAAUAUUCCAAACGUGGUUGCACCAUAAACUUGUAUAAAGGCAGUACAAUAUUGGCAGUUUUAUUUUGAUCUCUAAUACAGAGUCUACCUCUUUCACAACGGUUACACACCAGCUCAACAUUUUAACUGAGCUACCCACCACAACCUCAGUACCUUUUUUCCUGGUCAGUCAUCACUAGCUCACCAUUGGUGUGUAUAUUUUUUGUGGGUAUAAUUUUUUGCCUUGCUAUACAUCAGUUUACACUUAAACUGAACUGCAUUUGACAUUGUCCUGUUUGGAGAAAUACCUUUUUGGAGCUCUUCGUGGUCCCUUUUUCUUUUUACCACCCUUAAUAAUUUGACCUGACUGUGCCAGAGUCCAGGUCAUUAUGAAAAAGCACAAAAUGGAUCCUUGAGGGAGCCUCACUUCUUACAUACAUCUGUUGUGAGAACUAUCCAUUUAGUCUACUUGCUGCUUCCUUUUUAAAAAAACGGUUCAGUGAUCUAUAAGAUUAUAUGUCCUAUUAUCACUGCUAAGUUUAAUCAGGAGCCUUCGGUAAUGAACCUUUUGAAUGGCAGAUUUUAAAAAACAUUUUGAAUACAAAAUAAUCCAUGUUUUAUUGGAAUAUGUAUUGUCUAAUAAUUGGAUUAAAUUUUAUAUAAAAGCUACACUAUAAAUAUAGCCUUCUGCCCAACAUCCUAAAUUAAGUAAGACAGGUACUUACACAAAGAUGGAAUCAAUGUGAGCUGUAAUUUGAUCAGGAUCACAGUUACAUAUGUGAAGCACAUGGGAAAAUCAAUUAGACCUAGCCUAAACAUUAUUUGGGGAUUUAAUUUUGGCUCUUUGCUAUGUAUCACUUGAACAAAUAGGCCUGUGCUAGCAGAGCAAUUUGAGCUUAAAAUUUUAUUUCAUAUAAAGUUAUAUAAUACUGUGUGGACUUCACCCAUUCUGUCUUUCCAGAUUAUAUUUAUAAUUGCCUGUGUGGCUAUUUCUCAACAGAUGCACCAGUAAGGAAAAUCUAAUUUUAUGCUUAGAAAGUGCUUUUAGGGUAGUUUUUGUCAGGGUUGAGAAACAUCAGAGUAAAUCUUAAAGCUUUCAUAAUGAACAAGCUGAUGUUGUCAACCUUUGCCAUCUUGUUGAAUUUUGAAUGGUGCUUUGGGUCCAAAGAACACUGUGUUCUUGGACAAAGACAUCUCUUCUCCAAGACAUCUGUUCUCUCUCUUUUUUUUAUUUCCUAAAACAAAUCAUCAUAUUUUCAAAAUAUAAGUAUCUACUCAAAACUUUAAAAUAUCUUGAAGUGUUGAAUGCUGGUUGUAGACUAAAUCCAGUAAUUUGAAGGUUACAUCGGUAACUUUAUUCCAGUUCUUGAAAAAGGGAAGGAAGCUUAAAUGUUGUAUUUAUAAACAUAGCUGCCUACUUUUGUCAAAAUAGUCUAUAUCAUGGCUGUAUUCAUGUUCCUAGCUAUUCUGUUUUCACUGCAAGCAGCUUCUGUGUUUCUUGUCUACCAGUUUUGAGCUACUUCCUUUUCUGACUUUGAGACUUAACUGGCACGCAGAUGUUUGUAUAACAGCCUCAAAUUUGAGCAAUUGUAUGGAUAUUUCAAGUUACUUUUAGAAAAUCAUGCAUUUCUGCCACAUUUUGGGGCCUAGUUAAGACUAUAAGACUGGGUUGAAGAAUAGAGAAAAGUUCAUAAAGAAAGAUGAGAGAGCUUACUUGCUGUUUUGAUUAAAUAGUUCUCACAAGGAGACAAGGUAACUUAAAUUGAACAGUGGCUUCUCACUUCAGUGGUCGCUGUAGCAAAAACAGCAUGCUAACCUCUGAGUGUAUGUAUUUGUACUUUCUUUGGAUCCCAUCCUAAUCCCUACAUACACUUUGAAAGAAGGAAAAAUACACCCUUUUACAGCAUUGUUAUUGAUUGUGUGUCUAAAGAAAUAAGCAAUUGUGUUUUGAUCCUGAGUAUAUAUACCCUAAUCCACCCUUCAACAACCUGGUGCCCUCUAGCUAUUUUUGACAGCAACUUUUUCUCAGCAGCAGACAGCAUGACAAAAGGUUAUGGGACUUGUAUUCUGCAACAUCUGGAGAACACCAGUUUUUGUUUUGUUUUAAACAGCAGAGUGCUCAGUGAGAAGAUGUGGCACAAUAAUCCUGUCCUGCUUUUUGUAUCAAGCCUUAUAACAAGAAUUCUUUUUAAUUUAAUUUAGAAAAAGAAUGUACAAUUUUCUGAUGUGUUAAUUUGCUCAUAGUUCAACAAGUAUCUGAAAUUGCAUCUCCAAGUUUAGACUUGUAUACGUUUAUUCACUCGAUUAUACAGACAGUAGUAUAGCUUCUAGAUAUCUGUGUCACUUUAAUUUCAGAUGUGCCCAGUCCAUCAAGUCAAAAUACCUAGGCCUACCGUAGUUCACUUACCGGUAUAUCCUAUUUCUGACUUUGUUAGACUACAUGUCCUAUUACAGUCGUACCUUGGAAGUCAAACGGAAUCCGUUCUGGAAGUCCAUUCGACUUCCAAAACGUUCGAAAACCGAAGCGCGGCUUCUGAUUGACUGCAGGAAGCUUCUGCAGCCAAUUGGAAGCAGCAGAAGCCCCGUCGGACCUUCAGCUUCCAAAAAUCGUUUGAAAACCGGAACACUCACUUCCGGGUUUCGGUCAUUUGGGAGCUGAUUUGUUCGGGAGCCAAAGCGUUCGAGAUCCAAGGUCCGACUGUAGACGCAUGUUGCAUCUUUGCCUUACUAUGAAAGAAAUUGCAUAUGACUGAAUUAAAAGUAUAACAUGACAGUAGACUGAUUAACUGUAGGAGUGUGCUAAUACUGCAUCUAUGUUAUGGGGCCAAGGCUGCAAUCCUUUGGGUACUUAGCUGGGAAUACAUCCCAUUAAAUUCUUUAAGACUCUCAUCCAGAUAAUCAAGCUUAGUAUCAGGCUACAAGAUUUAUAGACUACAUUCUUGAACUAACUUGUAAAAAAUCUGAUAGAACUAACUUCUAACUGACUUUAUUUCAGUUCAAAUCUGAAUAUCAAUGAUGUCCUGGGAAACUACUCGCUUACUCUGAUUGAUGCAUUGGAUACCCUAGCAGUGAGUUUAAAAUGUUUUCUAAUUACUGGAAAAAGAAAAAAUGAUCAAAAGUAGUUACAACCCCACACAUGCACCUCUUGUUUUCCUGCCUUUCCUUGAUUAACACACAUGUCUUCUGGGCAAAGACCCAUACUAUUCAUAUCCGGAGUGGAGUCCCUAAGAUGGUUGGAUGGUGCCUUGUACACCUCCUUCUGGCAACUCCUGCAGCCAGGCUGGUGCCAGGUGUAUUGCUCUGCUUUCUUUGGACCACAUCAGUGAGGCCGAGAAGGUCGUCUUGUUUUGUAGGCAGUCCAGGACCUCCAUACACACUGCCCAGGCUUGCGCCCUGGGAGGUCACCGCGUCGCUGUUAACGAAGGAGUUUGAUUUCACCCCAGGAGGUGCACUCCAUUGUCUCUCGAGACAGACAGGUGCCAACAUCUUCCCCUUAGAUAACUCCCCUUUCCUGAGUUCUCUUCUGCUGGAAACGGAACUCCCUUAUUCAGGGAAAAGGGAUCUAUUGGCUUCAGUUCAUGCCUGGCUUUGUUGAUAGUCACAAGCAGUGAGAAAUUUGAUUAUAUGUGCCAGCAGACUCUAUGGAGCAGAGUGGAGUCAAUUGUAAGCAGUUGGAAUUGAAUGUCUUGCUGCCAAGGUAGUUUUCUUAACUGAGGAAGGUUUUUUUUUUUAAAAAAAGGAAAUUAAUUCUGUCAAGCAAGCUCGAUUCAACACAUCUGAUAUUUUUAUAACCACCCUAAUUAUUGACUGUUAUUAAGAUCCAUGCCACAGUAGACUUUUGUAUCAUUUUCUUCCUUGUGGAAUUAACCCAGUGCCAUUGCAUUCUGAUUAUUUUAACUCCAUCACCAUUUGUAUUACUGUUAGAGCCUGCUUUUAGCUUGGACAAAUCACUAUAGCUUCUCUACAUGGUGUUGUUUAGACAGUUAGAUAUUUAACCCUGGAAGUUGUUUUCUUAUACUUUGAAACUUUGUAUAGGGCAUAGUUUUGUUGCAAUUGGUUUUUUUUUCUUUUCAUAAAUCAUACACCUUACUAAACCAUCACACUUAAAUUAUGGUGCUUUGUGUUCUAAUACUUUGUUGUUUUUAGGACGGUACCUUUUGAGGUCCUGAAAUAUUAUUGGGAUUUAGGAAAUGUGACAGUGGAAAUUUCUACGAUUUUUAGUAAUGCCUGAUAUUUAAUUUUUGUUUUUAAACAUUUUAAACAGCUAGUACAAAAACUUGUGAUUAUUUAAUCUGAUAAUUAUGUUUUGCCUUAAAGGUAAUGGGAAAUUCUUCAGAGUUCCAGAAAGCAGUGAAACUAGUGAUAGACACAGUAUCGUUUGACACAGAUUCAACCGUCCAAGUUUUUGAAGCAACAAUUAGGUAGGUUGCCACUUGAAAUCUGAGAGCAUUGUAUGUGAGCACCAACUAAAUUUAUCACAUUUUCAGAAGACAGUUAAUUUAUGCUUGCUUGUUGUCUCACAACAUAGUUUAAUAAAUUGGCAAUUUUGAGUGAUAGAAGAAAGAAUGUCACUAAAGCAAAAUAGAGGGUUAAAGAGGACCCACUUUUUAUUAUAGACAAACACCAGCAGGGAACUGACAAUAAUUUUAGCCCUCUUAAUAUUACAUGCCUAGCAAUAUUUUUUGUCCUUACCCCUGAAGUCAAAGCAGAGGAGGACACGCAUGAAGUUCCUUAGGAGCAAAGUGCUUAGUAAAACUGUAACCAUCUACUACAGAGAGUUACAAAACUUUUUGCUGUACAGUACAAAUCAUGCUGCUGUGCUGUAUGAAUGGAGCAUACAACAGUAUCUCCCUCCCUACAACAUCCUCUUUUUGCACUCUCAUUUUUCUUUUUAAAAAAGACACUACAAGUUGGGGUGCUGCUUUGCAUCUUGGUGACUGCCCUUAUUAGCAGUGCUAUUUUUCUUUGACCGAGCUGCGGGAGGCAGUGGAAGACAGGGAGUGCCUGGCUUGCUCUGGUCCAUUGGGUCACGAAGAGUCGGACAUGACUAAACAGCUAAACAACAAUUUUUCUAGAAAAAGAGAUGCCAGAACUCACCAUAAACACCUCCCUCGUUCUCUUAGAAUGGCAAGGAUGCCCACCUUAGAGGUGCCGGAACUCAGUUCUAGCAGGUUCCCCCUGAAAAAUAGUCCUGCUUAUUAGUCUUUUUACUGCAUGCUGUGUGCAGAAGUACUCAUGCAUGUACUCCUCAGUUUGUCAAUUAAUUUUGUUAUAGAACUCCACUGUGCUUCGAGAACAGCAAACUUGCCACAUUCAACUCUGUUUCCAACACCUGCAAUUUUAACCACAUUCAGAUACUCAAAAGCAAGAAAUACCUAUAACUGGCAGAAUUGAAAUUAACCACUGAAAUUAACAUACCCUUUUCGUUCCUUACCCCUCAGUUGUGACUAUUUCAUUGCUUAAAGGUUGUCAAGUCUUGCCUUUUUGUGCUUUGCCUUUUGUUUACUUAUGUUUAGUUAAAUAAAAAGAAUGUGUCAAUGCAUUUGAGUCAUGAUAUAUCUAUUUUGCCUCUUGCAGCUAAGCAAAUUGCCAGCAUUUUGGCAUUGGCUUCUUUAUAAGAAAGAUAGAGCAAAGGUUUGUAAUCUGUUCUAGUGAUUUUUUUUUUACUUAAGAGGACUUUCUAUUGAGGGUUUUGAAAAAAUAAUAAUUUAGGAACAGCAAGUUUAUAGAUUAGUGGAGAUAUAUAAACCUAUCACAGUGAUUUGCAUCCUGGCUUGGAAUUUUCAGUGUUAGCCAAUAAUUUUCAGAGCCUUUUUAGAGGCUAACUAGAUGCUGAAAGCUCAAUUUAGGUCCUGCACUUAAAUUAAUUAAUUCAACUUUACUGUACUUGGUAUUUCCUUGUCUGUGAGACUACAAUCACAGAUGUGUCCUCGCUCAGGAUAUGCAAGCUCAGAAUAUUGCCAAGCAUGGGAUGGUGUGCAGAAUAAACAUAAAACAAUUUAUAUUGUGUUUGGACACCGGGCAAGUAAAUGACAGCAGAUUUUUCUGAAUUCUGUGCUGGUAGACAAAACUGAUGUGAAAUAGCUCAAGAAGCAGAUUAAGAUGCUCUGCAUCUUACAUGUUGAUCUUUCAGUUGAAGAGUACAGAAUGUGGUUUGGGCCCAAGGCCUAAAUGUAUCUCUCUGCCAGGCCUCUCUUUGUUCAUGGAACUUCCUUCACCCCUUUCCCCCGGGCCACAUCCCUCAGUGGCCCUGCUUUGCACCCCAGGUGCUUUUUGCUUGACUAGUAUGUGUCCUUGAAUUCUCAUGAUGACCCUUGCUUCCAUGGAUGGAGGUGAUUGGAACGUUGCCCAGGAUGGUUGCAGCGCUCAGACUGAAAAAUGUUCCCCACUCCUGAUAUAAGCUAAUGUUCUGUUUGAUCUUCAGCUUGAACCUAACUUUGAUAACUGAUAUGCUGUACAUUACACAUAAUGUAGCAAAUUAUAUAUUGUCUCUUUUAAAACUUUCUCUUACAGGGUUUUGGGAAGCCUGCUUUCAGCCCAUAUCAUCAUAACAGAUGCCAGGCAGCCUUUUGGGGAUAUGACUAUUAAGGGCUAUGAUAAUGAGCUCUUGCAUAUGGCUCAUGACCUGGCUGUAAGACUGUUACCUGCUUUUGAGAACACCAAAACAGGAAUUCCAUAUCCUCGGGUAAGUGUGCCAUGAAGAACAGUUUUCACGGAACCUUCUUUAAUACUUCAUUCUACUUUCACUUGCUGGGGCUAGAUGGGUCUUAAAUAUUAAACGUAAGGCCCGCUUUUUGAAAAACUAGAUUGGAAUAUCAUCCACGUAUAGCAGCUUUGUGGAGGAAGUAAUGCCUUUCUCAGUACAUCUGUGUUUACAGGCCUUGCUUUCUCAUGUUAAAACAUACAGCCUGACAGCGGAAAAUAUCUUUGCCCUCACUUUAAAAAUCUGCUGUCAAAACCAACUGCUUUAAUGGAUGCCCUAGGUCAGCUGUUGGUUCCUCAACAUGACUGUGUUCCUGAAGCUGUUCCAUGUUGAAGAUUUUGCAGUGUCUGACUUGGUCUUUUGAUGGCUGGGUAUUUACAUGCCUAAUGUUAAUCUGGAUACUCCUUUAAGACAGAUUCUCUGUGGAAUAUGAUGCAACCUCAUGACAGAACACUGAUGAAACACACAAGUCACUUUAUAUUUGUCCUUGAUUAUCAAGGGGGUAGAAAUGAAGGAAGCAAAAGACAGAAAUAUAACUGCUUGCUUUUCAAGAAAUGAACAUUUGAGCCUUCUUAUCUUUGUAUAGGUAAACUUAAGAACAGGAAUUCCUUCUGGCAGCAACAGUGAGACCUGCACUGCAGGAGCUGGAUCCUUAUUGCUGCUUGAUUUUCAAGAAAUGUACAUUUAAACCUUCUUAUCUUUGUGUAGGUAAACUUAAGAACAGGAGUUCCUUCUGGCAGCAACAAUGAGACCUGCACUGCAGGAGCUGGAUCCUUAUUGGUGGAAUUUGGAAUUCUUAGCAGGCUUCUGGGCGAUUCCACUUUUGAAUGGGUUGCCCGCCGAGCUGUGAAAGCACUCUGGAGUCUAAGGAGCAAUGACACUGGACUAUUAGGUGCAUAAUAGGUUUAUGGGUCUUGCAUAAUUAACAGACUUUGUUAACAGUAAUAUAAUCCCGAAAAGUUACUUAUUUAAGAUAUUUAUAUACUGCUUUUCAAGUGAGCCUCACAGAUUGACUUACAAAGCAAAGGCAAGCUGCAAUGGGUGGAAGGCAAGUUUUUUUUAAAUCAGAUAUCUUUCUCUCCUGCCCUCCAGCAAGGUAGGGGAGCAGUUGUGGGAGGCAAGAUGGUACUUGCAUAGUUGUGAUAGCUUAUACCGCUGAACUAACCACAGCACCAUUUGUAUGGUCGCACUGGGACCUUUCUGCCCAAUUGCCUAAAAAUCCUCCAUUAUAUUAGGAAUAAAUUUUUACUUCUACGCUAGUGCAUCCGAUGUUUGCUUGUGAGCUGUGCAUCAUAGGUAGGCAUAUUACAGAAUCGGGAGAUGGGAUUGUCUGGGAUCCUUGCUGCAUGUACACACAAUGGAAUAUACUUUAGCUGCAUACUGUGUGAAGCCACCCUAAUUUAGGGAAUGAUUAUCUCUGCAAUAAUGCACCACGGUAAUGUUAUAGAAACACUCAGAUAUGGGUAUUGAUUACUGCUGUAUAUUCACCUGGUGUAGAAUGCAGCUAUGUGCACACGUGAUAAUGAAGAUGGGAUUAUGUACAACUAAUUAUUUGUGAACUGUGCUGUUGGUCUUCCAAGCCCUGUUCUCAAAGUUUGUUUUUAAUAAAACCUUGUACUUUCAGUGCUUCACAUAGUCAUAUCUCAUGUUAUGACCACUUCAUGUUACGUUUUUUCAGGUUGCAUCCUGCGGCAACCUGGAAGUACCGGAGAGGGUUACUUCCGGGUUUCGCCACAUUCACAGUAGUGCUAAAUCGCGCUUCACGCAUGUGCACAAACACCAAAUCGUGCCGCACACAUGUGCAGAUAUGGCGCUUCAGGUUGCAGGCUUUUCACGUUGCGAACGGGACUCCGGAACGGAUUCCGUCCGCAACCGGAGGUACCACUGUACUUUAAUGAACAUAUAGUCCUAAAAUCCUCUUGAAAUGAUUUGAGAAGUCCAAACUUAAAGUCCCCUUUAGGGGUGCUUAUAUUGGCAGACUGUUGAAGGAGAUCCGCUAACACCCAAGCCACAAUUUUAUUUUUAAAAGACAAUGCAAAGGGAUGUAGCUUUCCCAUACUGAAUGUUUUGCAUCCAGACUUUUGAGUGUAAUGCUUGACUUCUAUACUGAUGUCCUCUGGCUUUUGAGAUUGUAUACACUUUAUUGUAAUUUCUUUCAUGUUAUACAGGAAUUUUAUACUAUGUUGAGCAUUAUCAGCCAAGCAGUGUAUAAACGCAACAAUUUAUGUAGCUAUUCUUGGAUAAUCUUUGUCUUUGUGUUUACUUCAUAGGCAAUGUUGUGAAUAUUCAAACUGGCCACUGGGUUGGAAAGCAGAGUGGUUUGGGAGCAGGAUUAGAUUCCUUCUAUGAAUAUCUUUUGAAAUCUUACAUCCUCUUUGGAGAAAAAGAAGAUCUAGAGAUGUUCAAUGAUGCUUAUCAGAGUAUUCAGAACUACUUAAGGCGAGGGUAUGUUCCUUACGUUACUAUCUUCAGGAGGCUGUAAAACUUGCCUGGGCUGGUUGGAACAUGGAACAUCAGUUUCCUUAAGAAUAAUUAUGUGUUCCUCUGAUGUACACUUAAAAACUGUGAUUAUUACUACAAACUAAAUUGACACUGUCUACCUUCAAAUUCUUCUGCAAACCCAUGUUGUUGUUGUUCAGUCUUUGGCAUAACCACUUAAUCCCCAUGCCCUACUUGUAAUUAGAUGUGUACAAGCAGAUUUCUGCUUGUGCAAUGGGACUUCACCUUCCUCUCCCCAUACCCCAUACCCCACUCAGAUCUGUUCCAAAGAGCCCCCCAACCUCCAGGGAGGAGGAGUGGAAGGUAAAAUAUUGUUGCGUAAGUGAAAGUCAGUUACACUCACAGGCAGACAGUUUGGGUUGCAACCUUAAGUAUACAAAAUUGAAAUGAUUUCCCCCUCUUUACUCCUCUUUCCUCUUAGUUCCCCUUCCUUGGUUUCCCUGUGUCAAAUCAUUGAUUGUAAGAACUCUGGACAGGAUCUGUCCUCCAUAUAGUGCCAUCUACUCUAGCAUUAUAGUAACAGGGAUGUGGUGUGGAAGGUUUCCCAGUGCUUAUAUUUUCCAUUUCACAGGAAUGUACGCUAGUUACAAAUACAGUAUAAGUCAAGUUUUGCAGUUUCAAAUGUGUUCAGCUUUGUUUCCUCAAUGUAAGUAAAAUAAACAUGUUAAUUAGAUUACUCUCUAAAGCACUGGAAAAUUUUCUGAUGUACACUGGAAAACUUUCCAAUACAAAUCUGCCUAUUUUGUGUUGGGCGGAAAAAAUCCAAAAAAUGAUCCAAUUAAAAAAUAAUUCUAUUCAAUCCACACCACAUUAUUAUAAUCAUGCUUAAUACACAGUGAUAGCUUUAUACUAAGCUACCACCUGCUUAGUUUUUGCUAUACUCUCCUAGAUUGGGUGACAUCAGAGGAGUCAGAGCUGUAGCAUAUUUGAAAGGUUUUACAAGCCUUUAAACUGACGUGCACUGUUGUAGGUAUGCUGUACAUACACUUUCUCAGCAUAGCCCUCCAUCCUGCAAGUUGGGUUAUAAUGGUGAACUAUACUGUAUGAUUGUUAUAAACUCUCCAUAUAAGGUUGGUAGAGGGAGAUGAGGCCUCUAACUUCCAGCCAGAGAAUAACUUUACAGAGAACUUACCGUAAUUUUCGCUCCAUAACACGCAGUUUUUUCCUCCUAGAAAGUAAGGGGAAAUGUCUGUGCGUGUUAUGGAGCGAAUGCCUACGGAUGGCAGGGGAAUCUGCUGCAGUUGUGAGCAGUCCGUGGCUCGCUUUGAAACAGCAAAGCGGGUGUAAGCGGCUCCUGUCAGCGAGCUGUGCCUGGGAGGAGGGAGAGAAGCAGAGCGGGGUUGGCUGCUUUAAAACAACCCCGUGCUCUAUGUCCCUCUCUCCUCCCCACUGAGCUCGCUAAGUAGCAGCAAAGCUUUUCAGCCAGCCUAGCCGGGGAGGAGGGAGAGAAGCAGAGCGGGGGUGGCUGCUUUAAAACAACCCCGUGCUCUCUGUCCCUGCCUGCAGUUUUUUGCUGUCCGAUUUUGGAUUAGCCACUGUAGGGGCUGUGUGUGUGUGUGUGCUUGAGCUAUCGUUCUCCUCCUCCUGCUUCCUGUUCACUCUCCCAGCGCCCCUGCGCUCUCCUGCGACUUUAGGAUUGAUACUGUGUGUGUGUGUGUGUGUGUGUGUGUGUGUGAUCGUUCUCCUUCUCUUGCUUCCCACUCCCAGCGCCCCUGCGCUCUCCUGCGACUUUAGGAUUGAUACUCUGUGUGUGUGUGUGUGUGUGUGUGUGUGUGUGUGGCAUCGUUCUCCUUCUCUUGCUUCCCACUCCCAGCGCCCCUGCGCUCUCCUGCGAGUUUAGGAUUGAUACUCUGUGUGGGGGAUCGUUCUCCUUCUCUUGCUUCCCACUCCCAGCGCCCCUGCACUCUCCUGCGACUUUAGGAUUGAUACUCUCUCUCUCUCUCUCUCUCUCUCUGUGUGUGUGUGUGAUUGUUCUCCUUCUCUUGCUUCCCGUUCACUCCCCCAGCGCCCCUGCGACUUCCAGCGCCCCUGCGACUUUAGGGCGACUUUAGCAUGGAUCCACAUGGAUCCUCAGGAUUUUUGCAUUGGGCUACCCCAAACUCACCGUCAGAUCACAUGUCUGUGGCCACAGCAUGAACCACAAAAAUCAUACAACCACUGUUUCGUUUAGAAUAUUUUUUUCUUGUUUCCCUCCUCUAAAAACUACGUGCGUGUUAUGGUCUGGUGCGUGUUAUAGAGCGAAAAAUACGGUAGUUUUGCUUGUGUUCACUGGAUGUGGGGGCUUGGGGGAAUGUAUCUCACUUUAUCUGUCGGUGUUGUAGAGCAGAAAACAACAUUUUAUUCAUUCACCAAAAGGCUCAAACUCUGGCAUCUGUCCUUUAGAAAUUUUACAAGGUCUUUUAAAAGUUAUUUGCACACAAAUUGACCCAUGCAAGAUUUUUUUCAAAAAUAAAUUUAUUCCCCAGACUCUAAAAAACUCCAUCUUCUUGCACAAAAAAUCCUGCACUUGUCUAAAGUUUGUCAGGUUUCAAUCUCUCAGAAGGAACAACUGUGCCUACACAUUUUUAUCUAUUUCUGUCAAAAAGUUUUUAAAAAGUUAUAGCUGUUGGUUGAUUUCUAUGUUGUAGUUAGAGGGGUCAUACAAAGGCCAAAUUUUGAUGAGACUUUGGAUCUAGGCCAAAGUGGGUUGUGGUCAAAGUGGUCCAAGCUGAAGCAACCCGCUUUCUGAGAUGCUGAAGCAGGAGCGAAAUGGAAUCUUGUCUUCAGUGUUCACCACUUGUACAUAUAAUGAUAAAGCAUAUUGUUUUGAAUCAAACAUUGCUUUUUAUUCCUUUUAGGAGAGAAGCCUGUAAUGAAGGUGAAGGGGACCCACCACUCUAUGUUAAUGUAAAUAUGUUCAGUGGGCAGUUGAUGAACACAUGGAUUGAUUCUCUUCAAGCUUUUUUCCCUGGGCUUCAGGUAUUUUCAAUUUGGUGGAGAAAGUAUAGAAAGCUUUGCAAAAUGUGUACUAUUAGGAGCUCAGCCUCCCAACCUAAAACAGAUUUUGUUGGUCCUUUCUAUAAAACUAGCAUUUGGUAGGAAAGACCCCCCCAUAUUCAGUUCUGAUCUUGCCUUGCACUGAGCAAUUGACUUGCAAGUGUGGGUACUAGUCUAACAACUGGAGCUAAAAUGCAUAUGUAUGACCAUACAGAUUCCAGAAGUGCAAUGUUAGCAUCAUCAUGCGGGUGGGAAGUGAGACAGCCGGUGGCUAUACCCAGGGGAUUAAUUUGCCAGCUGGCUGCUUAGUACUUAAGAUGAAAUGGAUGUUGGGUUGUAGUGGUAGACACAAGAUAAUCGCAAAAGGGUUUGUGUGUGGAGGAGAUACUAAGGUUCCUUGACCACUGACACCUCCAGUAAAACUGGUUAUGUUCCUUUUGCAGCAAAAGGUAUGUAGCAAUUCAGCUUCUACUGCUGCUGAUUGAAUGUUACAUGGAGUUGCACAUUACAGCACAUUACAGCAUGCGCCGAAUACAUAGGCUUUCCCAGUCUAUUUUUAUUAUUUGCUUGGUGGUGUCUGGUCCAAAAACAGCUAUAGCGCUUUUAUAUGUUUCAAAAGUCAGAGUUCUUUUGCUGAGCUAAUGUUUGCUACACAAUUUUAGAGUAGCGUUCCUGAUAACUGGUUUAUUGUCUGGUGCUUUUCCUGGCCUAGGGAGACUGACGAUACCAUGAAAGAAAUUGGUAAUGUUACUAUAUUAUUACCAGUGAGUUGUCCUACAUUUAUGCAAUUUUUCAAUUUUGCUGCUUCUCAGGUUUUAAUAGGUGAUGUAGAAGAUGCUAUUUGCCUCCAUGCAUUUUAUUAUGCCAUAUGGAAACGAUAUGGAGCUCUUCCAGAGAGGUACAACUGGCAGUUACAGGCACCUGAUGUCCUCUUUUAUCCCCUAAGGCCAGAGUUAGUAGAAUCUACAUAUCUUCUUUAUCAGGUAUUAAAGGUUUUUUACUAUAUAUAAUUGUCUUAAUGAAUGUAUCCUUGUUGCUGCUGCUUAAGAGGUGUGGUCCCAAUAUACAGUUACAUAUUUUCAGACUGAUUCAAUCUAUUCUAUUUGAGAAACACUGAUUUAAGGGAAUCAUUGGUUUAAAUUACAUUUUGGGCUCCACGUUUGGAUAUGACAAUCAGGAUCCAAAGAACUGGUUAAGUACGGUAAUUUAGUUUUUCUUGCGUAGAGGGUGUGGGGCUCCCCUCCUCCCACAAUGCUAACAUUUGAAUUGGCAUAGUGAUCUACUAUCCAAACUCUGGAAACUUGUUUAAAUUCUUAUUGGUGAGAACAAACUAGCAUUAAACUAUGGUUUUGCAUCUGGUUUGUUUACUUUCUAGUGGCUGAACUACUUAGCUUUACUAGUGUUUAAGCCUUUAUUUACAUGGCAUUGCAGAAUUUCUUCACACUUAUUUCCUUCCUUUUAUUUAGGCAACAAAGAAUCCCUUUUAUCUCCAUGUAGGCAUGGAUAUUCUUCAGAGUCUGGAGAAGCACACAAAAGCAAAGUUAGUUUUCACACUAAACUUUUAAUAUCACCUUGUGCUUAGCUAUUGGAAAAUAUAGAGACAAAUUUUGAAUGAAACCUUUUAUUUUAAGUUACUUGUGAAGUUUCUUCUGAACUGAGCUGCAUGUGGCAGUUUAUACAAAUAUGCUUGCUUCCAUUGAAUUAAUUUUAAAUCUCUUAUCUAACGGGCAUGUGAGCAACCUCUUUGCUUUUAAACAUCAGAAACGCUAUGGCUUGGAUCCCAGUGCUCACAAGGGAUGUUUGAAAAACCUGUGCUUCAAGUGUUAGCCCCUAUGUUGGAUUUGCAAAUCUCACUUUAUUUUGUGUGUAGUACUUCUAUAUUGCCUAUUAACCAAGUUUCUUGAGGCGGCAGCUUACAAUGCAUUAAAAAUACAUGAGUUAUAGGGAGGAGCAAAGGUGUUUAUAAGCCUCUCUGCUGUUUUCAGGUGUUCAGUUGACAUGCUGCUGCUGAAUUUCUGGGCCACAAGCAGGUCUUAGAGGAAAAGAAAGCAGUCUUACAGAGUAGGGUUUACUCACUGGGUUGCUCCUGCCUCUUACGACUGAGAGAAGUUUCAUAAGGAGUCAUAUGGAUGAAGGGAAGAGAGUUCAAACAAGGAAAAUAUUUCCCAGCAUGCCCAUGGCUUUAGGCAUGAAGCUCUUUAGUUGUCACUGUACCAUAACACUUCUCAGCACCCUCUUGCUAUCUCCUACUAUUACCAGCCUGAAUUAUGGAGAGGAACAAGCUAAUGGUUGUGGGAUAUUUGUUCUAAUGGCUCUAAGAGGCACUGUGUUGGUGAGAUAUUAGAACAAGACCUGCUUGUUGCUCUUGGGGGUGUGCUGCUUGACAGAGCAGAGUUGCUCCAUCAGCAGUAACUAGAAGAAAGCUAAGAAUAGCAGUAACUUUUGGAAUACAGUUAGAAUCAUAGAAUUGUAGAGUUGGAAGGGACCACGAGGAUCAUCUAGUCUAACCCCCUGCAAUGUAGGAAUCUUUCACCCAAUGUGGGGCUUGACUCCAUGACCCUGAGAUUAAGAGUCUCUUGUUCUAUUGACCAAGCUAUCCCUCUGUGGGCUUAAUUUCUUAAAACAUUUGUGGCUUGCUAGUGAUAAUUGAGGUUUUUAAAAUUUAUUUCAGAUGUGGCUAUGCUACUCUGCACCAUGUUAUAGAGAAGUCCAAAGAAGAUCGGAUGGAAAGCUUUUUUCUCAGUGAAACAUGUAAAUAUUUGUAUUUGGUAGGUAUUCUUGGUGCUUUCUGUUUUAAAAUAGGCUUGUUCACUAGAACUGUAACUAGCAACGAGUGGUGGGCCUGCUUAUAAUGAUUCAUAGGGUUUGUGUAUACAUACACACACACACACACAUACACACACACACACAAAAUGUUUUAUAAUAUAAUCUGUGUAUCUAACACAUUGGCAGGCAGAGUCUGUAAUAAAUAUGUUAUACUGGUCAUUGCAUAUUCAAAAUACAUUUUAUGGCACCUAGCUGCAAAGUAACCUGCUUCCUGAUCUGUGUCAGUUUUGCAGACGUGGUGGUACUGCAUUGCUGUUAUAUAUUAUGCUAAAUGUGAAACAUUAAGGAUACAUUAAAAAUUCUUGUUUCAGCUUUUUGAUGAAGAAAACCCAGUGCACAAAUCGGGCAAUAGAUAUAUGUUUACUACAGAGGGGCAUAUAGUAUCGCUGGAUAAGCGUCUUCGUGUUUCACUGUGGCAAGAUACUUUCCCUGAAGAACAGAAGAAGACUGAAAAGCUAAAGCCAAAUGAACUUAGAGCAAUCAACUCUACUUCUAAUGUAAAUAUAAACCACUUCCAGUUUGGGUAUAGUAGUUGUGUACAGAAAUAGGGAAUGCAAGCAAUUCUGCCCAGUUAACUAAGCAUUUUGUAACUAGUAAAUAUAGAGUGUCCUGGGGCGGGAGGGGGGGGGGAGUGCCUGCUUUUUCAGCAAAUAUAUCCAUGGAUGCUGCUCAGAUAUAUUAUGAUGGCAAUUGCAAUAUGUAUUUUUCCUGUAAAUAGUUUCUGUUUUGCUGAAUAGGAAUGAUCUUAUAAUUAGCUUUUGAGGGGGUGUAGAGGAUCAGAAACCCAUUUUAGAAUUUUAGGUUCCAGCCUGCAGGGACCUAAAUCUGAAGGUUUUGGGGAGCAAACUUGAGUGUUCAGACAACCUUUGUCCAAGUAUUCUCCAAGACAUAUUGUUUCAUACAUAUAAGUGUUACUUGUCUUUCUAGACGAGGGUCAAGAUGCAGUAGCAGAUUAAAAGCCCAAAUAUUCAGAAAGAAAUGAGAUCUCAACAACAUAAAAUUUCUUUUAGACACUAUAAUUCACAGUCCUUUCCUGAAUUUCUUUAAUGCACAAUUCUGCACCCUUCUUGAAUGGUUGUGGCUAGAACCACAUGAGACCUAGCUCCGAUUUUUUCAGAAACGAUGUAGAUACUAAAGGCUGUAUUCAUUUGGUUCACACGAAUACACAGGGGUGGCCAACUCCCAAGAGACUGCGAUCUACUCAGAGUUAAAAAUUGGCAGUGAUCUACCCCCUUUUUUGGGGUUCAUGUUGAGCUUUUUUUAGAGGGAGCCAGUGAUCUUCUAAUAAUGAUAUACCACAGACGUCCAGUGAUCUACCGGUAGAUCAUGAUCCACCUGUUGGACGUGCCUGGAAAACAGUAAUUGUCUUUGCCAUCCAGUUAAACUCUGGGGCGGGGAGCACAUUUUGGUUCAGGUAGUCAAGAAGAUUCUUUGUUUAAAGCAGUAAAGCCAAGUUCACUCAUCAGUUCCUUCUAGUGGUAAAAGAGAGCUUUGUGUGCAUGACCAAGAAUCACAAUGGGUGAGUUGAUGUUCCUGGAAUGUAGCAGUUUAACAGAGAUAUUCUACUUGUUCCUGUAAACUCACCAGCGUUUUGGAUAGCUUUGAAGGAAACUUUUCAGUACCGAGGACUAUUUCUCACACUUUUAAGAUAUGAAUGUGUCAAGUAACACUCAUCAUUUAAGUAUGCCCAUUCCCUUACUUCGGUUAGGAGCAGUAUCUGAUCUUGUCAUGUUGCCAAGCAAUGCGUGGUGUGAAUCAAGCCCUCCCAUCCAAAUGGUACAAGAUUCAGUCCUGAAAAGCAAGCUACUGUGAACUUCCUACUAUUAAAAAACGUCUCCUUCUGUUUUGCAGUGCAACAGAGUACCAGAUGAGAGGAGAUACUUGCUGCCUUUGAAGAGUAUUUACAUGAGACAGAUUGAUCAGAUGGUGGGCUUGAUCUGAACAUCUCUUCACAUGGAGUAAUCCUUAAGGCGCAAGGCAGCAUCUUGUUCUGAAGAUGAGUCUCUUGAGCCACAUAGCUUAUAGCAGGUGCAGGCAUUUAAAUAGCCACUCAUUGUAAUGAAGGAUUCAGUUUAAAGAUGGAAAGAGGAUCCCGUGCUAGACUCCAGUUGUUAUCACUGAAAUACAGUUGGAUGUGGCAUAUUUUGCCUAAUGUGAGCUACGUUAUCGCAUGUGAAACUUUGAAGCUUGUAUUUCUGAAAAAUACGUGAUAGACUAAGGUGACCUUUUAAAAGGAUUGCAAGUAUCUUGUAUCAGAAAUGCUGUUUUGCCACAUCUCUUAAUUGCAUUCUAAAUAAGAAUGUUGGAGAGAACCUAUAUAUAUUUCUUAUAAAAAAAAGGGUGGGUGUGUGUGGAAAAAAGGGAAUGUGCAAUUUCUCUCACCAAGCUUAAUUAUUAGAUUAUUUAACUAGCAAUAAACAAUAUUAAUUAUUGCUCAGGUAUGAAAAAAUCCAUAGGUUCUGGUUUUACUCGGUGUCUUGCUGGAAAUGUCCUAAUUGAAAUGCAGUUUGUUGCAAUAUCAGCCAAGAUAUUGCAUCACUGUGUUUAGGACUAACAUCUAGGCUGAUGUUGAAAACAGUGUUCUUAAUUAGAAUUGCACAUUCAAGGGUGUAUGGAGUUUACUAGUUUCUGAAACCCGUAAUUUUUAAAAGGUGCCUUCUAGUAGGUGUAAAUGCACAGAGCCACUCAUCUGAUACUUUGUAUUGCUGAUUUACCAACAUUCACAACAUUAUUCUGUUUAUAUUCAUCUCCUGCUUUGUGCCUCUCUGGGAGAUCUUCCUGAAUCUAAGUAUUUACAUUCCUUGUAGUUGUAAUAUGUGAGCUUUUUGAGCUAGUGCCUUCUUAGCUGUUUUCAGAACAGAGGCAAGGGCUUGAGCUGUUCAUUUUCCAGAAAGAAAUAACCUUUUAAAAAUCAUUUAUAACUAUUGUACUUUUACAAUAUAAAAGAUUAACAUCCCAAGUAGUGUUUGAGGGUUGUACACUCUCCUUUCACGUUUACUGUGAAUUGAGUAUUUACAGGUGAUUAUUGCCCCUUCUUGGGGCAUGUAUUUUACAUAUACAUAUAGCAGAAGUAGAGAGAGAAGCUGAUCCUCAAAGAUGUUCUGGCCUUUGAUUCCCAUUUUAAUUCCUGUGACAAGAAUAUUCACCGUUUUUGAAGCACCUUGGGGCAACCAAAAUGGAUAUAAGAUGAGGCCUUCCUUUGUUUCUGAUGAACAAAGCCUUUCUUCCACACCCCAGUAAGGCUGGGAAGGUAGAAGAGAGUAUCUGCCUGCCUUCAGGAAUAUAAUUUAAACCCAUUUGAGGAUUCUUACAGUAGAUUGAAAUAUGAUUAUUGAUCAGCAUUUUCCUCUUCGAAAAUUUGAUUCAUCUUGGAUCAAAUUUUACCAUGCAAUGUGUACAUACCAGUUUCACUACCUAACCUAAUCCAGUUCAUAAUAUAUGUUUGCUUUCACAAAACACAUUUCAAAUACUACAUAAUAUUUAUCAAAUAAAUAAUUAGGGCUUGCUUAAUCUCUUUGGCAAACAAAUGAAUCUCAGGGAUCUCAAAGUAGGCUUAUGUUUGCCUAGAAGAUUUUGUGUUUCACUGUACAGCCUUUCUUCCUAUUUUCUCAGUGUUGCUAUUUGUAAGAGCGAGCGAACAGUUCAGAAUCCUCUGGAAGAUUAAAAUCCUAUAAAAACCAUGAUACCUCUAUAGGUGAGACCAGAUCUUAAUGGCCUUCUUUUUUUUCCUCCAAAAUUAUGCCUAUGAUGUUUGACCUAGUAGCUGACUUUUCAGGUCAAGCAACACUUCCUGAGUUACGAGGAGAGCGCAGGUGAAAAAAAAUGAUUGGGCUUUUUGACCAGUUAUACAGGGCUGGCAUCAUCUACUAAUCCUGCAAAGGAGAGCAUGUUAACCGUUCACAAUUAGAACAUGUGCUUUAGGAGGGAAUGUGUGAAGCAAAAAAGCUGAAAACUUCAACAUUGGCUGGAAUCCAUAGAGCAGUUUAUGCAAAGUACUUUACUAGCACAGUGAAUUUUGCUAUUGGGCCCAGUUGGGCCCCACCCCAGUCAUGAACUGCUUUUGAAACUGAGUAUUUCCAAAGUUUUUGUUGUUGUUUGAAAAAAGAUCCUGGCCAUAAGCUGUUGAUGUGAUGAGAAAUGCAAACUGAAACAAGUCAGUUUAUCACUGCUAUAAUCAUGUUGUCAACAAAGCAUGCCGUCACAAGGUAUGUGUGUGUCUGCAUAAUGGGGUCGACUGGGUGUGUAACUUUUUCGGCAUGUCCACAUUGGCGCUUAUGACUAUGUGUAGCUUCUUUGAUGCAAAUUGCACGUUUUGUAACUCAACUUAGGAAAGUUUGUGCCUACUAAAAUGUUGGGUGUCCAAAUGGUGACUUACAGUUUGGCUUAUUUUCCCAAGUAAUGUGUUUCAGAUGUUUGCUUUUUAAAAAAACAACAACAACCAGGUUACUAGAGUUCUAAAGGCUUAAGGGCACUUGCAAAACACUUGUACUUCUAGUCAAAAUAGUAUAGUUCUUUCCCAUGUGAUUCAGCCAGCAUUUUGAUUGGUUUUGGUAUGGAUAAAAUCUCAUAUUGAGAAGGUUGUAUCUGUCCUUAGUGACUGGUGUCCGAGGCCACUCAUAGAUGCUAAUAUGUGCUGUGAACACUCAAACAGAUACCUGAUAUUGACAUAGAUUGCACUAUCUAUGGGGAUAUGAAGGGACUAGAUCAAAUUUCCAAGUGAAAUAUUGAAAUUAGCAGUCUUUCAAUAUUUGAAGAUUACCAACACUGUCCUAUAAAAUACCUUUUAUUGUUACAAAAUGUGUCCAGUUUCUUCUGUUGCAAUAUUAGUGUUAAGACCAAGUCUUAAGCGUUGCUUGGAUAACUUGCCAAUUCAUAAAACCAAACUGAAUUUCUCACCAUAAUGUGCAAUAUGUGUUUUUUUUCCCUAGCCUAAUACGGCAUUGUUACAAAAUGUAUUUAAUAGGGUGAGGGCGUUACUGUUUAUAAAGGAUCAGAUGUUCUGGAAAAUGUAACGCAAAUUUUACAUUAUAAUUUGUAUUAAAUACUAUUUCUUAA